CAGCCUUAAGCGAUUAUCACUCUUCAGAAUGACAGCAGGUGCCCACAGACGUGUGAAUCCAGUCUCAACGGGAUCGUCAGACAGCUUUCCUAUGUCCCUGCUGUGUCAGUGCACAGACACCUCCGGCCCAUGAGCGCAGAUGCUGGAGAGCACCUAAAAGAACAGGGGAAAGAAGGAAACAGGUCAGAUAAAAAGGAAAAGGGGAAAAGACCAGAGCACAAAGGAAGGGAAAACUGAAAGACGGCUUGACCCCAGAGGAAAACAGGGAAGAGACAGUGAGCCCUCAGAGACAGACAGAGAGCUGUUCCCCACAGCCCUGACACCUGAGCUGAGACAGCAACGGUGAACGCGUGCGAGCAAAUGUACAUGAACAUGGAGGGCGAAGACGACCUGAGCUUUUCCUACGAGAUCGACAGCGGGCAGGAGUCAGCUUUACCCCAGACUCCCUCUGCUCCCAUGGAUCCGUGCUGUGACCCCUCCAGGCCAAAUCCGUAUCAUUCAUUCUCUUCCCUCAAGAAGGUGUGGCAGCCAGACGAGGCAGGUGGCUCCCGUGAAGGCAGCCCGUUAAACGCCAAGGGCCAAGGCCUGGAGUUCGCUGACCCAUCCAUUGCACGCCCAGGUGUACCCUUCACUUACACCAAGAGGGCUUGGCACUCGGAACAGUCAGGACAGCACAACUAUCAUCAGGAUGAACAGGACUGCCAGAGUCUGCAAAGAAGCUGGAGCACAGAGGAACAAAUGUACGAUACUUCCUCUGAUGAAGAAGAAGAUGAGGACCUGGCCUUCGUGGUCCAAAAGGUGCGCCAGGGGAUGAAGCGCUUCCACCGCGAGUUCGGCGAGCAGGCGCCCAAGCUGAGGGCCCACGUGGCCAGCCUGAACUGCCUGGACCGGCGCAAGGUGGAGGCGGUGGUGGCGCAGUUCCGCCGGGACAUGGCGGAGGUCAGCAGCGCCCUGCAGUUCCUCCAGGGGGCGAUGAAGAAGCUGGAGAAGGUGGACCUGGCCCGGCUGGGGGGCGCGGCGCGGCCGAAGGACGUGAUGCGGGCGCAGCAGAACAUGAUGGCGGCCGGCCGCGUGGCCCGGGGGGUGCAGAUCGCCGGCGUGGCCGAUGGCAAACUGAGCAGCUUCUCCAGGAGCAUGGAGAGCUGCUUCUCCAGCAAGAACCCCAACAAGAUGAAGAAGGGCUCCAAAGUGAACCUGCCCACCCAGAUCCACAGCGUGGCCUCCGAGCUGGACUCGGGACUGGACGAGCUGGACGAGCUGGACAAGCUCGCGGAAAAAAGACCCCAGAGUCCCUCUUCCCAGGAUUCCAUGUUUCUGGCCUGGCGCCAACGGCAAUGGCCCUCCCAAUACAUCGGCUUCCAGAUCCCCCCAAAACCCGCCCUGACACCCCAGGACCUGGAGAGAUCCAGGACAAUCCAGAUGAAUGAGGACACGGAGGAAAAGACACUGCUGGACUCCGAAGAUGUAGAGUUUGAGGACGAGACAGGGGAAGCGGACAGCCUGCUGGACUGGUGGUACACGGAGGAAGGCUGGGACAACUGGAGCUCGGAUGAAGGUUUCACUGAGGAGCAGGAGAACAGGCGACUGGCUGACACGGCCAGCCGGGUCUACAAAGGCAUCCAGCUGUUCAGCCAACUGUUCGAGGACCGGGCCCAGGAGCUCCAGGCGCUGGUGGACGAGCUGUGGCAGAUCGCCGACGGCGUGGACCGCUUCCACCGCGGCGCGACCAUCGCCAGCGUGACGGGGGGCGUGGUGAGCGCGGCCGGCGGGAUCGCCACCAUCACCGGCCUCAUCCUCGCCCCCUUCACCUUCGGGGCGUCCGUGAUCGUGACGGCGGUGGGGCUGGGGGUGGCCACGGCCGGCGGCGUGACCAGCGCCUCGGCCACCGUCUCCGACUCGGUCAGCAGAUCCUGGGACCGCCAGAAGGUGGAGAAGGUCAUCCAGGACUACCAGGAGAGGAUGAAGCCGAUCCAGGAGUGCCUGGAGUUCGUGAAGCACGGGAUGGAGAACCUGCAGAGGCUGGAUUACUCCGGCUUUAACGAAGACAUCGCCCGGAAGGCCCUGCCCAGCGCGGAGGGGGUCUUCCAGGCGGGGGCCAGGGCCGGGAAAGGCCUGGCCAACGUCUCGGAGAUCGUGAGGGUGGUGCAGCUGGCCGAGGUGGCCUCGGGGGCCGCCCGGGCCGUGCGGGUGGCCAGCGUGGCCACCGGCGUCCUCUCGGCGCUCUUCCUGGGGCUGGACGUCUUCUUCAUCGCCCGCGAUUCCAUGGAGCUCCACCGCGGCGCCCGCACGGAGCUGGCGGCAAAGAUCCGGGAGGUGGCCGGGGAGCUGCAGGCGGGGCUGGUGGAGCUGCACGAGAUCCUGGGGGAGUUGCGCCAGAGCACCGGGAAGGGGGCCGUUCCCGAACCUGUUCCCGAGCCUGCUCCCGGCCUCAGCUAGGAGGGCUUGGAGAAACGAGCCCGGGAUUUCUCAAGUUAGGGACGGAGACUCUGCAGAAGAGGGAUCGUGCCUGUUUUGAUUAAUCCGUCACCGGGAGGCGUUUCGGGGAAAAUGAAGGAGAUUGCUGGGAUUUCAUCCGAGCCCUGUAUGGCACUCCUGAGGCUAAGCUAGUGACUAAAUACUCAACCCUGAUGAUACCCCAACCCCAGAGUCACAACCCCGGCCAUUCCUCUGGUCCUUACCCUACCCUGACCCGCGAUCUAGGGUCCCCCAGUCCUGUCCCGGCCGAACCCCAGGUGACCCCAGUGCCCGCUGUCUUCCAUCCAGCACAGCCGCCCUACUUGCUGAACGGCAGCACUGCGCCUCUUCUUGUAAGGCACUGGUCCCGCCGAGGGCGAGAGUCCAGGUUCAAAUCCAUACGUCUCCCCUACUUGCUGAACCAGCCCUUGCGCUGAGCACUGGUUUGAAGUCCUCUUCCGUAGUUCGCCACGUCUGCUGAGCCUCACCUUUUCGGCCAUUUCCGGACAUUCAAAGGUUCAUUUCGACGUGUGACAGCUCCAGAACUGGACACAAUGAGUGUGGAGGCUGGUUUAGACGAUGUUUUGGGCUCGGUUAAAUAAUCGAGAGCUCAAAGACCAGCCCAUACAGAGAUCAAGGGAGCCUCUUCCCUGUGCCUUAUUCUCCCUGUUUCCCUAACUGGAACUCUAGCGAUUGUGGAAGCUUUUCCCUCAGUAAGACAACAGAACCAAAUGUACUGCAGGGCUCUUCUGCUACAAGCCUCUGACAGGGGUUACUCUGCUGAAAUGUAGAAACGGUCGAUAUGAAGAACUGUGCACAUAUCUGUUUUCUCUGAAAUUCUUCUUUUCCGUGUUAAAGUGGCCCUAAAAAUGCAGCUUUUUAACCUCCUGUGUAUUCAUAAAAGAGCUUUGAAAGAAG